GUACCCUUGAUCAAAUCCUUAAAGACUAUGUAACUAGUCUUCCAGCAUGCAAACGUGAAAAGGCUCUAAUAAAUUAUGAGCUUCUGAAUAAAAUAAAAACAAUUCUAUUGGAUCCCCAAAAUACAUCCCUUUAUGAUAAAAACACACGGAUCUGGGCUAGAAAACAGUUCAGACUUGAAGAAGUAGUUCCUGAUGAUUAUAGAGUCAUCGUAAAGACCACCAAUAACCCCGUAUUAAUCACUGAAAAAAUGUAUGAAGUAUUCUGUCAAACUCACAGUCAAAUAACACAACAUGGAGGCCAGAAAUAA